AUGACUGUCUGAAUUUAUUUACUUAUGGUCAUUUAAUCGACCUGAUCACAUUUCAACUGAAAUUGUGGUGAUGUUUGAACAGUGGUGAUCAAAGGAAAAUUUCUCAUUAUGUGGAUCAUGGACAGCAUUGUUGCUUCGACCCCGUCGACUCUCACCUCUAUCCUUUUAUCCUUGCUGCCCCGCGGUGUUGCUCUGGGGCCGUCGGAGAUGUGUGAGGGCAGACUGGGGCUUUGGUGGGUUGGCCGACCACUGCGCCCUGGAUGUCUGCUGAGCAAGGAAAAUGAGACAGAGUUGGCGUGGGCACCUCAGACUGACGCACAGGUUCCAGGAGAAGAUCACAAAAUGGUCACUGAUAAGGUCCUCAAGGAGUCAACCUCUGUUAAAGAUGAUUUUCACCAAUCAGCUGUCUGGAUUGGCUUCGCCUGUCUGGUAGCAAGCAAAUCCCAGUGGAACGUAUUAGUGCAACAUGCAGACGUGUGUGAAGGCAAACCGGCGGAUGUGUGUCUGCGCGUGUGCCGGGACAUCCAGCCGGGAACAGAACUGCUGUUGUAUGAAGACACCGUGGCAACAGACACAGAUACAGUGGGACACUGUGGUGACAUCACUGAAAGGGCAUCACCCCUGCCAGAAAGAGAAGAAGACCCACAGAAGGAAGACAAAGAUCGCAGUAGACAGUCGAUAAUUCACAAACGUGAUCUUAUGAAGGCCAGAAGAAGGAAGGGCAUCCACUUACAGACAGACAGGCAGGGCCAAGAGGACAGCAGUGUCCCAUCUCCUGUCACAAUAUCAGCUGUCAAAUCUGUGUCAGAGAAACAGCCACCAAGCCCAUCUGGGUCUUCACAUGUCCGCUGUAGCCAGCGCUUGGCAGCGAAGCCACGGCAAAUUCACUCUCUGUCCAGCCGAGUGAAACAACCUCUGACCCAUUCAGACCAGGCCAGACAGGCUAAUGGACAGGAAAUGAUCAUAGAGGAUCUCCAGUCUUCCCCUGAGGAAGUGAUGCCAAGUGCUGUGGAAACAGAUUCCGAGGCUACAGGAGCCAAGUUGAAGAUUAAACAAAAGACCAGAGAGCGACGUCAUGAGUGUCCGAUCUGUGGAAAACGGUUCUACCAGGUUGGCCACUGGAAAAAGCACCAGUUCACUCACAUGACAGAGAAACCCUUCAUGUGCCAAGAAUGCGGAAAAUCCUAUUCUUCGUCGGAGAGCUUCAAGGCCCAUCAGAUGAGUCACCGAGGAGAGCGUCCCUUCUCUUGCCCCCAUUGUGAGAAGUCCUACGGCCUGAAGCGAGACCUCAAAGAGCACCUGGUCCUGCACACUGGAGAGAAGCCGUACGUGUGCGAGCACUGUGGCAAAGCUUUCGCCCGUCGCCCCUCAUUACGAAUCCACCGCCUCCUCCACUGCAGCAAACUGAUGUACACACAGCCACCUAAGCUGCAGUGCACAGUCUGCUCUAAGCUGCUGGCUACCCAAAGUUCCCUCAGAAAUCACAUGAAGCUUCACACCGGCCAGAAACCACACGUCUGUCAGCACUGUGGCAAAUGUUUCUGUCAGAAAGGGAACCUUGAGAGCCACUUAAGAGUCCACAAUGGCGAGAAGCCCUUUCUCUGCGCCCUGUGUGAGCAGGGCUUCUCCCAGAAGCAAGAACUUCGGCGACACAUGUUGAACCACACCGGGAGCGGAUUCCUCUGCAGCUACUGUGGAAAGUCCCUCCGCGACCCUCACACACUCAAGUCACACGAGAGACUGCACACUGGGGAGAGACCACACCGCUGCCCCAUCUGCGGAAAAGGCUACACCCUGGCCACGAAGCUGAGGAGGCACAUCACGUCUUCACACCAGACAGAGAAAGCACAUAGAUGCUACUGCGGCGCAUCUUACACCCUGAGACAAAGUUUACUUAGACAUCAAGCGCAGCACAAGAAAGACGAGGAGAGGCAGCAGGACACAGAGCAUGUGGGAGCAGCCAGAGACUUUGCUUCACAUCCCAGACCUCUGAGAGGAGUCAAAAGCAAACCAAAGAAGAUUGUGCUUCCUGAGGAGGCUCAUGAGAAGCCCCGGCUUUUGAUCUGGAAGAGAGAGCGGGGUAAGGAGGGGAAACUAGAGUGUGGCCACGUCGGGGUUCAAGAGCCAUCCCCUGACAUCCAGCAGGCUGUUGUCAUCGUCCAUGCGGACGAUCUGACCGCAUCGAACUACAGCCCUCUGCUCCUCAGCUCGGAGAGCCCACUGCCCUCAGGGAAGGGACACGGGCUGAUGGAGGUGGUCAUAUCGGACGCUGCAGACCAGUGCAUCGUGGUCCAAAAGCCAGAGACAGUGGGAGACGUUGUUAUUGUACAGGAGGAAGGACUCAGCUCUGUGGCUCAGACAGUGGAGAUUAAUACCUGCUAGCCUGUUUUCAUUCUCACUUUUUAUGACUGCGUUCUUCAAGCUAAGUUAAGAACCUGAGGUCAUUUCCCACGGGUGAGCCGGAGCUGACGUUACUACAACCUUUUCCAGUUUGACACAAACCAGAAAUCUGGCUAUUCACUCAGACCUCAGCUUGUUGCUCCCAGUAUUGAUUUGUUCUGUCUUUAUUUCUCGCCUGUGGAUGAACUUGUCUCUUGCCAGGUUCCCAUUUGCUGUAAAUGAUUGAGUAGUUGCAAUGAAAAGUUUUAUCGAAAUAUUCUGUGCCAUUUUAGUGAGUUUGUCAAAUCAAAAUUACAAAGUUUGC